AUGCUGUGGGGUGGGGGAGUCGAACUGUCAGCAGGCGCAGAGAUAUGGAGAGUGGUGGAGAAAGAUGGAAGGAAGAUUAACUUGGCGACAGCUGUUAAACGGUCAUAAGUGUUUGCGUCUGAGGAAAUGAGGUCAGCUGUAACCAGGACGCCAAACAGAUUGUAGAAGAGGAACGUUGCCAAGACGACAGAUGCGUUUCAGUGCUUCAUGGAAACUAGAGAUUUAUCAUGAAGGAUUUGCGUUUUAAGUUUAAAUCUGUGAUGUAUUUUCUUUUCUUAGAUGACACGUUAUAAAGUGAACAAUACUAUUAUAAAGUGACAUGAAUUCUUCCCUGGCUCGAGCAUGUUACUGAGUUUCUGUUUCUCCCAACUGGGCUUUUUCCCUGCAGUCCCUCCGGUCAGUGAAGAGGCUAAGAGGAAGACGACAAGCUUUUUUAUUAUGCGACGCAAAGCCGUGACUGUUAGCGUCAAUAGAUAAAAAAACAUAUUCUGAAUUAAAAUGCCAUUAUUUGAUGGGUUGGGAAGCGGAGGAGAGAAGACUGCCAUUGUGAUUGAUUUAGGAGCAGCAUACACAAAAUGCGGCUUUGCAGGGGAAACGGGGCCCAGGUUCAUAAUUCCGAGCGAGAUUCGGAAACCGGGACAACAGCAGGCCACCAAAGUGGUCCAGUGCAACAUCAACACAGAAGAGCUUUAUGCCAUCCUCAAAGAGUUUAUCCACAUAUUGUACUUCAGGCACCUCUUGGUGAACCCUCGCGACCGAAGAGUGGUGAUCAUCGAGUCCAUCCUCUGUCCAUCCCACUUCAGGGAGACGCUCACCAAGGUCUUCUUCAAACAGUUUGAGGUGCCCUCUGUGCUGUUCGCCCCCAGUCACCUUAUGGCCGUCAUGACUUUAGGCAUCAACUCUGCUCUAGUGAUGGACUGUGGAUACACAGAGACAUUUGUGCUUCCUAUUUAUGAGUGCACGCCGAUCCUCCCGGCCUGGGAGGCUCUGCCUCUUGGGGGAAAAGCCAUUCAUAAAGAAUUGAACGGAUUUCUCGUGGAGCAGUGCACCGUGGACACAGACACCACCACUGGGCAGAGCGUACCGGCCGUCAUCGGAACCAUCCCAGAAGAAACAGUGGAGGACAUAAAGGCCAGAACAUGUUUCGUCAGCGAUUUGCAGAGAGGCCUCAAGAUCCAGGAGGCCAAAUUUAACCUGGAUGGUACGGCUGAGCGUCCAGCCCCUCCUCCGGAUGUCGACUAUCCUCUGGAUGGAGAGAAAAUCCUGCAUGUUCAAGGAUCUAUUAGGGACUCAGUGAUGGAGAUUCUGUUUGAGCAGGACAACGAGGAGAAAAGUGUGGCGACCCUGAUUCUUGACACCCUCGUAAAGUGCCCUAUUGACACACGCAAAGUGCUUUCCGAGAACCUGGUGGUGAUCGGAGGCACGGCCAUGCUUCCCGGCUUCCUGCACCGCCUGCUGGCUGAGAUACGCCUCCUGGUGGAGAAACCCAAGUACAGCAACGUGCUGGCUAGCAAGAACUUCCGCAUCCACUCCCCACCGGCGAAGCCCAACUGCACCGCCUGGCUCGGAGGCGCCAUCUUUGGGGCCCUUCAGGACAUUCUGGGCAGCAGGUCGGUGUCCCGGGAUUACUACAACCAGACUGGACGCAUCCCGGACUGGUGCUGCUUGAGCUCCCCGCCUCCUGAGUCGUUUUACGAGGCGGGGAAGACCCCUCCUCCACUGAUGAAGAGAGCGUACUCCAUGGAGAAGUGAAACAUAGCCAGAUGGUUUUUCACUCAACAGUUCGGUAAUCUUUAACAUCGGGACACUUUCUCAGAUCGAUGUGUUGACUUCACACACAGAUUUGGAAUGUCAAGUAGGCAAGACUUCAAAUGCUAAUUCGUAUCGUCCUGGUUUGCGUGUGUGUUACUCAUAAAUUCCCACCAUAAUGAUUCACUUCGACAGUAAAUGCAGCAGCAAUCCCUUAUUGAUUUGCAGUUGCACAUACUGACAGACAUGUCAUCGGUCACAAUGACACGCUGCAUGUGUGUCUUCACACUUCAGUGUUUUCAUUGGAAGUGAAUCAGGAGAAAUUCUGCUGAAGUCAGCAGAAUUGUUCAAGACGUCUUGAAAGUGUUGCUUAUGUAGUCAGAUUGUUAUGACUGUUAAAAUGAAGAAAUUACCCAUGGAGAUCACAAACAGUUUUCACUUAUUUAUUGUUUCUACCUUGUUGUUGGAGGUUUUGGAUUGUUUUUACCCAUAUGUUAAAGCAACUCUGGAUGGAUUAAAAUGUAGAUAAAGAGUGUUGACUGAAGGUAAAAGGUUUGUUUUGCUUCAACACUAUCAUUAAAGGCGUAAUCCACAAUUUAGACACUCUUGACAAUAUGUGCAAUUUGCUUACGUACCUGAUAAUAUAUUUACGUGUCUUGUUUUUUGGGCUAUUCAGAACAUUCCUUUGAAAACCAUCAUAAAUACAAAUAAAUGUCCAGAAAUGAGUCUAA